AUCUUUCGUGUCAGUUAAAAAACAGUUACAAUAUCCGUUUUGGUACAGCCUUCCGACGUUGUUAAUUAAUUAAAUGAAAUUCAUGUGAUCAUUAUUCGCCAUGUUUUGACCUUCUUUUGUGUCAUUUCAGUCAUUGGAAUGAGGGAAUUUAGUGAUUUUGUCACUGAGAUGCUUCACAUCGGAAUUAACCUUUUAAAUAGUGAUAUAAAAAUUCAAGGAAGUGGCUCAAAUUUUUUCCUCUCACGUCAGAGAGGGAUCGAAUGAAUUGGCUCGAGUUACGAACAUUCACUCAUUUCCGCGUUGAUAAUGGGAUGUUUCUUCAUUGUUCAUGUUGAUAUAGUUCAUAGUGGUCAGGGAUUCAGAUGAAAUUGGUGAUUCAUAUGAUAUUCGUGGAGUCUACAAGAGUACAGGUUACGACGGAAUUAGUGGGCCAUCAAGAUGGGCAAGCUUUUGUCGAAGAUAUUUGGCAAUAAGGAGAUGCGGAUUCUCAUGUUGGGACUCGAUGCAGCUGGGAAAACGACUAUUCUGUAUAAAUUAAAAUUGGGCCAAUCUGUCACAACAAUACCCACUGUAGGAUUUAAUGUAGAGACAGUAACGUAUAAAAACGUUAAAUUCAAUGUCUGGGACGUGGGCGGGCAAGAUAAAAUACGUCCGUUGUGGCGUCAUUACUACACUGGUACUCAAGGACUUAUAUUCGUAGUUGACUGCGCUGAUCGAGACAGAAUUGAUGAGGCACGCCAAGAAUUACACCGAAUUAUCAAUGACAGAGAGAUGCGAGAUGCUAUUAUUUUAAUAUUUGCUAAUAAACAAGAUCUUCCUGACGCUAUGAAACCACACGAAAUACAAGAAAAACUUGGACUAACAAGAAUACGAGACAGAAAUUGGUAUGUUCAACCGUCGUGCGCAACGACCGGUGAUGGACUCUACGAGGGCCUUACAUGGUUGACUAGUAAUCACAAAUUAUGAGCUAUUAGUUAGUUCCCUCCAUUAAUCGUGGAUUUCGUAAACCCUAAAAAACAAAACGAGUAAUACACGCCUACUAUGUGGGUUUUAUCUAUUAAAUAAAAAAAAAACAAUGCAGAAUGCAACAAAACAAAAAAUAUUACAGAAAAAGCAGAAAAGACAGUAUGCAAUUUUAUGUCAACCUCAAUCGAGGAGUUAGCUACAAUACACAUGCAGAGAGGUUGAUGUGACACAUUUGCCUGUCCUGUGCAAACUAAAUGAACGUGAAGGAAUGUGAAUCUAAUGUACAAUGGCGUUUCAGUUAUGUGUAGAAUAGGUCGACGGCGUGUG